ACUUCAAUGUCUUCUUCAUUGUCCUUAUCAACAUCCUCUAUGUAUGUUCAUCGCCCUAUAUGAAUCAUAUGUUGACGAAAAGAACAAGGUACUGUGGCUCCCAUCUGACCAACACAUUGAGCAUGGUGUGUAGAGGACGGUACCCAUCAUACGACAAAAAAUCAUAUGGUGAUGGUUUCAGCUACAACGAAUACGAGGGAGACUACAACGACAUAAGCGACAACGACGUCGAUUUCCCAUUCCUGUCUAAAGAAUAUUCAAGGUUCUUCGUUCCGCAGAAAAUCCGCAGGGGAAUUGUGGACGAGUGUUGUCACAAGCCUUGUAGCAUUAACGAGUUGAGAAACUACUGCGGCAAAUAGAGUCUUUCCUGCAACCUGCCUGCUGAAUGAAGAAAAAACAAUACGAAAAAUGUUAAAAAAAAUAAUAUUCUCACGAUUAUGAUGAGUUCCAUGGCAAAAUCUCUUGAAUAGCCUAGUUUAGGACUGUUUAUGAUAUUUUUAUAAAUUGGUUCUUAUUAAAAAUACA